CUCAGGUUAGGUAGCGCCGCUGUUCCGCCUCCUUCAAACUGGCGAGCCGCCGUCGCUAGCAGCAGCUCGGCCAACGUUACUCUGAAUAUCCACUCAUUGAAUGAAAGUCAGGGGCAGGCUGCGGCCAGUCGCUGCAAACACGCCAGGGUUUUCUUACAGGGUGGCUUGUGGACGACUGGCGACGCUGUGCGAGCAUUAGUGCGACCGGUACACCCCGACAGAAAGAGGCUGAAGGCGGCUGUGGAAGGGAGAGGAGCAGGGGGAAGACCGCGCGGCGUGUGAAGCAAUGCAGCGGGUCACGGCGCGGCUCGUCGCCGGGCUGCUGGCGGCGGUGCUGUCUCUGCUGUCCGGGCAGUGCUGGGCGGACGGCGGGAGCCCCAGCCUCGCAGAGCGGGUUAUCUGGGCUGUGAACGCCGGGGGAGACUCGCAUGUGGAUGUGCACGGUAUUCAUUUCAAGAAGGACCCAUUGGAAGGGAAAAUCGGUAAAGCAUCUGAUUACGGGGUGCGUCUGCCAAUCCUACGCUCCAGUCCGGAGGACCAGAUUCUCUACCAGACGGAGCGGUACAAUGAAGACACUUUCGGGUAUGAUGUCCCCAUUCGUGACGACGGAGACUAUAUACUAGUCAUGAAAUAUGCAGAGGUUUACUUUGCACAGUCACAGCAAAAGGUGUUUGACGUCCGCGUAAACGGCCACACUGUGGUUAAGGACCUGGACAUCUUUGACCGAGUGGGCCACAGUACCGCUCAUGAUGAGAUAGUGCCGUUCUCUAUUAAAAAAGGCAAGCUAAGCGUGCAAGGAGAGGUGUCCACCUUCAACGGCAAGCUCACAGUGGAGUUCGUAAAGGGUUACUAUGACAACCCCAAGGUCUGCGCACUCUACGUCAUGAAGGGGACUUUAGAAGACGUACCGAAGCUUCAGCCUCACCCCGGCCUGGAGAAGCACGAGGAUGACGAGGAAGAGGAGGAGGAAAGCGAAGCAGGCGAGGAAGGCGGGAAGAAAAAGGUCCAGCCGGGCUCCAAGUACAAGGUGCAGUCGGGCCCCCGGACGCCGAACCCCUACGCAGCUGACAACAGCAGCCUAAUGUUCCCCAUCCUGGUGGCGUUCGGAGUCUUCAUCCCCACGCUGUUCUGCCUCUGCCGGCUGUGAGCUGAAACUAACCGAGGGAGUGGAGGAGUGACGCCAGCAGGCAGAGCAUAGAGAGAGGAGGGGGGAGGAUGGAGAGGAGGUCACCGUGACAACAGCAGCACAGGUACAAGCAUCCACACAGGAGAGGGAGCCAAAGGCCGGAGGAAAAUCGUAACGGAGGACGAGAAAAAAGAAAAGAAAGAGAUAAGUUAUCGGAAAGCCACUGCCAGACGAAGCGAAGCGCUGCUUCAUUAGGAAAACAACAAAAAGAGAUGUGGGAAGUGUCUUCUGCACGCUUCUUCGAAUGUGCUUCUCAUCCACCUCUGCUGACACUUUUUCUUUUCUUUUUGAACAAUCUUAGUCAUUUCCAUUUAAAAAAACAAAACAAAAAAACAAACAAGAAACCAGCUGGACAGGAAGUUCAGCCGUCAUGCAAGAAGCCACAGCUCUGCAGCUCAGAGAUGCUCAGGAGCGAUUUGGGUCUGGGCCAAUUUUCUAAACGAAAACACUUGGUCAUCGUACGGGGCGCGACACGGGAGCGCGCUCCCUCACAGCUCCUGCUUAGCAUCCGGUCAGACGCGUUCGGCUCAGAUUGACAAUGGUGCUGCUUGGAAAUUGGGUAUCUAGAAUAGAAAGUGUGAACGAGACGGUUCGUGUGUGUGGUUUUUUUUUGUUUAUUCAGAUCUAGCUGGCCUUCUGUCGUCUACCUGCCAGGCGACAGUGAAAGAUGGAGGGAGUUACGCUUGAACCAGCUCCGUAGCUGGCACUUCGUUUGCUGUCCUUACCUCUACAUAAACACAUUUUAUCACGG